UCUAUCUAAACGUAUUUGUGUUUAAUAUACAUGUUAAGUUAAAAAAAAUGAAUGAAAUUUUUAAGUAAUGGUUUCAAUCAAGAAUUGUGGAAAUAAUGCAAUAUGUACAUAAAAAUAUGUUCUGUCUGGGUUUUUAACUUCAUGCAUUGCAUCCUUUUCCAAAAAUAACUCGCAUAAACACUCCAAAAUGAUUAUUCAAGAGCCCGUUCAGGCAGCCAUUUGGCAUGCAUUGAAUCAUUAUGCAUUUGAAGAUGCUAUUUUCAUUGCGGAAAGACUUUUUGCAGAAGUGGACUCAGAUGAUGCUCUGUAUCUUUUGGCUACCUGUUAUUAUCGAGCUGGGAAAGUUGGUGCUGCAUAUUCUGUGUUAAAGAGCAAAGGAUGCUACAGUUCUCAGUGUCGCUUUUUGUUUGCCCGGUGUUGUGUUGAUUUAAAAAAGUUUUCUGAAGCCGAGUUCUCCAUUACUGGAAAUAAUAUUGCAAAAAACAAAAGUUUAGAUGAUAUUGUUAGUGAAUUUGGAGAUUUUGCUUCAUUUGUAGUACAGCUACUUGGUCACAUCUGUUCAAAAACAUCUAGGUUUUCCAAAGCAGCUGAAGCUUACAGGAAAAGUUUGAAAUUGAAUCCUUUCUUAUGGUCAUCAUAUGAAUCUCUUGUAAAUUUAGGGGAAAAACCAGAUCCUUGCAAAGUCUUCAAUAUCACCAAUGUUGAACACUUAUCUAUGUGUCAUGGCACUAAUCCUCUAGUAAAUUUAGUUAACAAAACUCCUGUGCCAAACAAUGUAAAUUACAUAAAAGAAACUCCUAAUAUAUGCAAUGAUAUUAUCCAAGAUUCUAGUCAAAUUUCCAAUAAGAUUUCCAUUGUUCCUGUCUCCCCAAUUCCGUCGGUUUACGGCAGCCAUUCUCCACUCGCCUUUGUUAGAUCAACUCCUGAUGUCAAUAUAGAAGUUUUCUCUCCAGACAACAAUUCUUGGGUUCCUUUUCAGACUUUUGCAAAAAACACCAGAAGACAUGCAAGAAAUGGUCGCAAUAAUUUAUUUGGAACUCAGAAUUCUCGUUCUUCUGCUUCACCAUGUUUUGGAAUAUUGUCUUUAUCUACUACUACAAAUCAAGACCAUGAAAGUCAAGUGUCUGAUAAAUCAAGUUUGAAAAAGGUGUUAAACUCCAGACUGCUUUUCCAGACUCCCAUGACGAGAAGAAGUCAAGAUAUGAACCCACCUAAGUUUCAAAUAUUUAGUCAAUCAGGGAACAAUAACAACAAUAAUAAUACAAGUUUAUCACAGACACCUCAAGCUAGCUUGGCACCUGUCUCCUUAGGUAAUGUCAGGAGAAGUUCUAGACUCUUCAGCAGUUCAAAUUCAGUUAAAGAAAAUAAUAAAAGUUCCACUAGAAAUAGAUUUAUUUCAACAAAAGCUCCUACAAAGAAACCAAAAACUCGGACUACUCGAGCUCCAAUAUCAGAGCCCAAAGAAAGUGAACUGAAUGAAAUCAAUAAACCUGAAAUACAAUCUGAAAAUAAACUUUCUAAUUCAGCUACAAUAAUGCAGGCAGCUUUAAACAUGCAAAAGGCAUCUGCUGAGGGUCUAAUGAUGCUACUACAGGAGAUGGGCAAAGCACAGCUAUAUUUAUCACAUUAUUAUUGUAGGAAAGCUCUUGACAUUUUAAUUGAUCUUCCACAGCAUCACUAUGAAACUGGCUGGGUUUUAACAACUAUGGGAAAAGCACAUUUUGAACUAGCAGAAUACAAUGAGGCUAUAGCGCUCUUUGAACAAGCAAGACAAUUGGAACCUCAUAGGCUACAAGGUAUGGAAUAUUACAGUACUGCUUUAUGGCAUUUACAGAAGGAAGUUGCCUUGUCAACUUUAGCCCAGGAACUUACAGAAUUUGAUAUUACAAGCCCACAGACUUGGUGUGCUGCGGGAAAUUGUUUUAGUCUACAAAAAGAACAUGAAACUGCUAUAAAAUACUUGCAGAGAGCAGUGCAAGUUGAUGAAGAUUUUGCUUAUGCUUAUACCUUGCUAGGACAUGAGUAUGUAAUGACAGAAGAAAUGGAUAAAGCAAUGACUUGUUUCCGAAAUGCAAUUAGAAUUGAUCCUAGGCAUUACAAUGCUUGGUAUGGUGUUGGUAUGAUCUAUUACAAACAAGAAAAAUUCCAAUUGGCAGAAGUUCAUUAUGAGAAAGCAUUAAAAAUAAAUCCACAAAGCUCAGUUCUGAAGUGCCAUAUUGGAGUGGUAUUACAUGCUUUGAAAAAAAUGGACAAAUCAUUACAAACUUUAAAUGAAGCUAUAGCUAUGGAUCCAAAGAAUCCAUUGUGCAAAUUUCAUCGAGCUUCUGUAUAUUUUUCACUUGACAAGCAUGAAGAAGCUUUAAGCGAUCUUGAAGAACUCAAACAAAUUGUGCCUAAGGAGUCUCUAGUAUAUUUCUUAAUUGGAAAGGUUCAUAAAAAGUUGGGGAAUACGCAUUUGACACUGAUGAAUUUCUCAUGGGCUACAGAUUUGGAUCCACGCGGUGCUAAUAAUCAAAUAAAAGGUGCUAUUGACAAGCAGUAUACAAAUGAUGAGGAAGAGGCUGCUGCAAACAAUGAGCAAGCUGGCGAUGAUAGGGCCAGUGUAAGCUCGGGUGUUGCUGAUCACGAAUCAUCUCACGAUAGUUCUGUUGUUGAUGCCGAAGCAGAAGAUAUCCGGUUACAAGCAAUGGAAAGUGAUGAGAGCUUUUGAAAGCCUGGAAACAAAAGACUCUUGAGAAACAUUAACUUUCAUUAGAAUUCCUGAUGUCCCGUACAAAUGGAUCUGGUUGCUGGGAAUACAACUGACUCGGGUCCCAUAUUAAAAAUUCAGUUACUUACUCAGAAUCUGUUGAGAGUGGCUGUCCUAAUUUAUGUCCUUCACCCUUUUCCUGUUUGUCGAAUUAUUUAGUUGUAAAGAAAAACUUUGAAUUAUAUAUUUUCAUAAAAAAGAAAAAAAUCUGUUAGAGAGUGAGUGAGUUUUAUUACCUGUAACUGGGUUCAUGUACGUAAUGUGAUAUGGAACAAACAUUUUGGUUUACGUAGACUGUAAAAUACUUAGCGAUGCAAUUAAUUGAUUUGUACAGCAACUGUUUUCUGUUGUUUUUCUCACAUUAGUUGCAUGAGAAACUGAUAUGAACUGAUCAAGAUAUGAUGCGAAAUAAAUUUUUUUUUCCCUUA